AAGAAAGGAAACAUGGACUUCCAUGGCUACCCGAAAAGAAAAAAAGAAAGAUCAAAUCUCUCCUGGUAAAACCCUAAAAAGAGAAAGAAUAGAGCUAAUAUGACCAUCUGGAAGUUUUCUCUGCUAUGCCGCAAUUUCAGUUCUCUUCCACGGCAAAAGCUUUCAAAAAUUCCCUCAAAGUACAAGGCUAAAGCCAUCCGUGAAGCUCAGCAAGCUCUCACUGACUACCUCCAUUCCACAAGGUCAUUGCCUUUCGCUUAUGCAGAGCAUAUCAGCAAGAACUCACUAGUCUCUCUUUCUAAUCUCAUUGCUAACGUUGACUUCUCUGUCUCCGAUUUCUCAAGAUCCGUGCGUAAGUUCUUAAGGUACCAUCCCAUCAAUGAAUUUGAGUUCUUUUAUGAAAGUAUUGGGCUUGAUUACAAUGAGGUUCGUAAUUUUUUACCUUCGAACAAGUUUUUCUUUUCUGAGGAUGGGAGUGCUUUGGAUGCUGCUUGUGCACUUGCUAGUUUUGGAUUUCCUUGGUACAAGUUAGGGACUUUGUAUAAAGAGGACAGUUCCAUUUUUAGUAGAGAUCCACUGGAGUUAAAGUCUAGGCUUUCUGGGUUUAAGGAAUGUGGGUUUAGUAAUACUUCGGUUAUUGGUAUUUGUCUGGCUUUUCCUCAUGUGUUGAGCGGUGAUUUGGGUGGUGAAAUUGAUGCCUUAUUUGAUGAUUUGAAAAGGGCUUUUAUAGAUUUUAAUAUGGGUAGUUGUGUUCAAGGACAUGUGGAUGCUUGGUAUGAUAUCUGUUUAAAAAUUCGUGUAUUUUAUGAUUUGGGUCUUAACAAGGGAAAGGUUGGGGACAUUAUAGGUAAAAGUAAAACCAUUUUUAUUGACUGUCCAAUAGAAGUUUUGAUUAAAAAGACCGAGUAUUUCUGUAGAUUUGGUGUUAGUAAGGUAGAUGUUGGUAUGUUGCUACUUCAAAAACCGGAACUUUUGUGUUUUGAUUUGGAGACUCCCUUGAUCUCAGUCAAGGGAAUACUGGAACAUUUUGGUUUUAACGUUGAAGAAUUAGAAGUUGUCAUCCACAAAUAUCCUCAUGUAAUGGGCAGAAAUAAAAUGGCCAAUUUACCUCAUGUGAUGAGAGCCAUGGAUUUGCAUUUAUGGUUUUUCAAUAAAAUCAAGGACGGAUAUCAUGAACUGUUGGCUAGUUAUGCUUUGAGAGACCCUGAUGAAGAUUUGGAUAAAGAAUUCAGUGAUAGCUUGGAGAGGAUCCGAGUUUCAAGAACCCCCACGCAUACAAUGUCCAAGUUGGAUUUUGUACAUGGAAUUGGAUUUGGAGAAAAUGCUUUAACUGUUAAGGUCUUAACUCAUUUGCAUGGUAGUAGUAGUGAAUUACAGGAGCGCUUUGAUUGCCUUCUUCGUUUAGGGAUUGGGUUCUCAAAGCUUUGUACAAUGAUAAGAACAAUGCCGAAGAUCCUGAACCAACAAUCCGAAAUACUAGAACAGAAAGUGAACUUCCUCUGCCAGGAAAUGGGAUCCUCAUUACAGGAACUUUAUAUUUUUCCUGCAUUUCUAUGUUUUAACUUGGAGAAUCGAAUUAAGCCCAGAUAUAGAUUCCACAUGUGGCUUACAGAAAAAGGCGUCAGUACACAAACGUACUCCAUUUCAAGUAUUGUUGCAACCAGUGAAAAGAAUUUUGUUGCUCGCUUGUAUGGAAUUCACCCAGCUGUUCCAAAACAUUGGUUUGAGUUUUUGAUGCCCAAAAAACCAACUGGUGUACCAAGUGCAAUAAAUAUAGUGAUUUAGUGAAUGCAACACAUUGGCAAUAUGCUACUUGAUCUGUCGUGAUGGGUUUGGUAUUUGUUUUAUCAUAGUGUAUAGAUAUUUGUCAUUCUAACUUUCUUGGAUUGGCAUAUCACAUCUGUACAUAUAUUUCUUAGUUUCUAAAUGACAGCUGUAUCAGAUGUUCUCAAUGAGAUUAUUGGUGCAAUCCAUAGAAAAUUCUCAACAAAUUCUUUUCAGCAGUUGGAAAUGGAGUUGGGAGAUAGUGUUGUCAUGGUGAAGGUGGAAGUGAUACGUGAAGGUUGCUGGAAAAACCAUAAAUUUCACCUGUAAUGACUUAGGCGUACAAGUGUGACCAUAACCAGGUAAUUGGUAGCCAGUAUGGGAGCCUGAAAUCAUUAAAUCUUAGGGUUUGGCCUUUCAUCGAUUUUGUUUACCUCAGUAAGAGUUGGGGAAGAUUGGGAAAGGUGGAAACUAAUGGGGAAGCAUUGAGAACAGACCUUCCAUAUUUGGUGAAAUAUGAUUUUGUUGCUAGUGUUGUUAUAGUUCCUUGUUUUACUGGAUGCUUGCAUUAAUUAUUGACAGGUUGACCGAUUAAAAUGGGUGCACAUGAUCAGGCAGUGAGUAUGGAUGAUCAUGCGGCAAUGCUGUGAAGUGAAUUAUGCAAGGAAAUAGUAUCGAAGGAAGCCUGCAGACUGCAGAGAGAUUCACCUCUUGAAACUGUGAACAACAGCUCUCAUAUCUAAUAUGAGAUUCUGCCCUUGACUGUAUGGGCCUCUAGAGGUCCGUUUAGGUAUUCUAUUGUUGGCCAUGUAAAUAUUCUUCAAGGCUCGUUUCUGGAUCAAUGCUUAUAACAUGUAACCGGUCUAUGGGAGCGACUACUUUAUUUUCUUUUGAAUUGCAAAAUGCGGGAGCUUUUAUCCCACUUUUGUACCUUUUUUUUUUUUUUUUAAAUUGUAACUUACCUUUUUAA